AUGGAUUCCCUUUUAGUAUGGAGCACCGUCACUCUGAUUAUACUGCUUCGAACUUGUAAGUAUUAACUUUGUUUCACCAUUUCCUUCAACGUAUAUCAGCGUGUUUGACAUUAAUUAGACUGUGUCUUCUGUAAUACAAAACUCAUCGGCAAUUAGUUUAAAAUAUAUCGUAAAUUUACUACUUAGCCUAUUUGACACGAGGUCAGUCAUGCAAUGUCUCCUGAACGGGCAUCGUUCUUAGCGUUUUCAGAUGAGCGCAGGAAACUUGCCCUCACGUUUUAUUCCACUGGUACCGCGAUUGCCUCCGCACGCAAAAGAACGGGAAAAGUGACGCUUUAUUCUCAAGCUUUUUAAUAAAUAUCACGCGAAGUUCUCCAUUAAGAGAAGAAAGGGUUGUCUGUAUAACAGAAAUGAAACUUAAGCAUUUGAUGAUGCAAUUCUGGCACUCAUCUUUUUAAAUCUACCAAUGAGUUUGUAGCCUAGAAACAUGAUAUUCGACCAUAAACUUUUGGAUAAUUUCUCCUCAACAAGAAGCAGCGUAUCACCGUCAUUUUGUGAGAAUACGUUUUCACAUUAAAAAAAUAGUUUUCAGACAUACUUUUCCGGCGAAAAAGGAUUGACUACAAUGCCAACCCGAUGAAGCGAACGCGCGCACAACUUAAAUGUGACACAAGGAACUUAGCUCGAGGAAAAGCAUGCACGCGCGAGUGGUUGUCCCAACUCAAUUCACAGGAAAGUUUCACUCAUUAGCUGCUAAUGUGAAAGCACCAUUUUACAGACGCAGCAAGGAAGAAGUUGAUGUAACCUUAUUGAUAACGGCUAAUCCUGUUAAUCGGUUUAAAACCCAUUCAGCUAAAUACUAUUUGUACUUUUUCUUUCCUAUGCACAGACGUAAGCGGCGGGCCAACUGAGGUAAUGAAUACAGCAAGUUUUACUCAGUUAUUCUCAACAAGUUAUUUACAUUGCCGAGCAUUGACAUAGUCAACCUACUGGCCCAGUUGCCCAUGCAUCUUACCUAAGGUCAUACCGGUUUCUGUGGAAUAAAGCCACUGGGAGUAUUGUUGAUCCCCAUGGACUAGCUGAAGUCCGUUACAGGUUCUUCCCCCCUUUCCUCUCUCCCCGACGUCACUUACCUCUGAUUUAGUUCUGUUUUCUUGAUAAUUUGCUGAUUCCAAGUCGUCGGUAUGGUAUAUUCUAGGACACUGAUACCAAAGAUUAAUUUUAUGACGAUCGCUGAUAUUCCAAGCUGUUACUUCAACCUUUUGAUAUGUAUAAACUUAAUCUGUGGUUUUUACGCCCGAUGUAAAAGGGCGUUGUGCGAAGAGUGAUAACUAAAGGUGGCAGCGUGGUUAGUGAUAAGACUGAUGAAAUUUUAAUUUCAUUAGGAACAUUAAGAAUUAAAAUUCUUGAUACUCUUUUGCACGCCAAUGAUCCCGCAGAGCAGUAAAAAAUGGGGAAGGAAAAAACAAACAAAAACAAGAGAACCAGUUAUGGUCAAACGAUAAUUCCAUGUUAUUGUCUUCAUACUUAUUUCUUUUGAUUUUUCAACAGAAACUUCAUCAUCACAUGACAAAGAGAGAGAUUCAAUAUUACUUCAACGUGGACGAUCAUGACAAAGGUAGGAAACAGCUGUUUGUCCUUCAUACCCACUCUACGUCUCAUCCUGUCUGUCUGUAUGUCUUUCAACCUAAAUAUUAGGCUAUUGAACUGAUUUGAUAACUCAAUCAGUCAGUCAAUUAGUCCUUACUUCUAAAAUAGUUCAGUAAUAAAGUUUUAUUGGUAUGGUUAAAGUUUAAGUAUAAUAUUCUUGCCCUGUACUUAUAUUUGUCUUUCGACAAUUUUUAUCGAAGUUCUUCCGUUUAUCUUACCACAUGCGUUUGCGCUCCACAUAGGUAGCAAAAUUACCAUCAACCAUUUCUUAUUAUUUGUCUGUGUCUGUUUGUCUGUGUGUCUGCCUUGCUCUGCCAGUCUGUAUAUCUGUCUGUCGGUCAGUUCAUAGGUCUCUGUCUGUCCGUUUGUCUGUCUGUCUGCCUGUCUAUACGUGCUUUGGUGCGUGUGUCUUUUCGUCCGGCUGUUACUUUUAAACAAUUUCGAUCUUUCAUCCCUCCACAGUUCCUGAAUAUGAAGUCUCAAAUCCGUACCAAUCCAACGAUGAAGGAGAGUUUGUGUCAUAUUCCCUGCAUCCCGCCAGAGCAAAACGUAGCCUUGGAUUGGAUGAUUUUUCAUCUUUUAAACUGAAUGCAUUCGGAUCAAACCUUCAUUUAAAACUGAAGAGGAAUGAACACUUAAUAUCUCCGGGUCUCAAGGUUCUCCGUGAGAACAGCGACGGUUCCAUGACGUCAUAUCCAGUACCAGAAAACACAUACUAUCUCGGACAUGUCGCCUCCGAUCCAAGAUCCACGGUCGCCGUCAGCAACAAUGGUGGACUGGUGAGGUUCUCUUUUUACUUUGCUAUCUCUGGCUUUAAUUGAAAAGCGAAAACGAGAAAUAAUCAAAGUAAUGAUGACGCAAAAACUAACGAAAAAUCGAUCGAAUUAAAGAAAGAAUGCCAGAAUUACGCUAAUUUCUUAAUAUGUGCAACUGUAAAGAAUAACUACCGACAGAAACUGAACGGCGGAUGAACUAAGAAGAACACAAGUUUAGAUUCAGUAAAAUAAGUAAAAUAAAAGCACAAAAGGAAAAAUUGAAAUGGAAUGAAUUAAAGUUACUCUUUUUCCAUCAGACGGGGAUCGUGAAAACAUCACGUGACACGCUUUUCGUCCAUCCCCUUCCCGCGCAUUUGGCUAAGCACGUGACCAGCAGUGAAGAUGCAACGCCUCAUCUCGUUCACAGAAGAUCUGUAAAAGAAGAAGUCAUUUCCCUCAAAAAUGAUGUCAUGCACAUGGUAAAAGAAGGUAACGAGGGUUUUUUUUUUUUUUUAACUCUGAUGAAUAUUGUUUUCCCUUUUGACCCUUUACAUAUUAACAUAAGUAUUUACAUUUUCCUUACUGUUCUCCUUAUACUGUAUUGACAUGAAGAGUUUUGGGACCGUAGAGAGCUUCUUAAAUUGGUGAUCAUUUCCUUUGUUCUCUUGAGCUUUACAUUUGAUUCAAAGGUGAUACUGUGAGUAGAAACUAGAUGUCAUACGCUCUAAGGAGUUAAAGGGUUAAGAGAGAUGUGCUCCAGAAUCAAGCGUAUCUCAAGGUGCUUGACACGUUUUUAGACUCCAUUAAAUAUACCCAACUUUUCAUCAUAUGCGUUCAAAUAUGCUAACUAUUUUACUAUAAACAACGCCGUUGCGUGGUUCACAUGCAUACAGCUGUUGCUCUAAAUAUCGCAAAAUAUACAGCAGCGAGUGCGCGGCUAGAACACCCAACUACAAACUCUUGGCAUUAUGGGGUGCAUAGCUACUGCCUGUAUAGGAGAGAAAAUAGUCGCAAGGGGGGAGGGGGUCCACAGGAUUUUAGUUAUGUCACUAUAUAGUUUACGUGAUUCCCCAUCUCGUAGCAGUAUUCUACUGACCCCCCUUCCCUCAUCGGUCAACUUUCCCCUGGUCCCUUUUAUACUCUGGGACUAAUCCCCUUCUAUUUUCGUAUGAAAGACAUGUGAUCCCCUCUCAAAACAUUCCCCCGAUAAUCUCCUUCCUGCGAUAACUAAGGCUGGUCCCUAAUAUCAAUGGCGUAUUUUAAAUCGCAACUACUUUGAAUUUUCAGAUCCCUCAGACGAUGAAAAUAGCCGGGUGAAGAGAUCUAUAAUGUCCCACAGUCCUGUUCCAAAAUUUAAAACACUUAAAGUGGCGCUGAUGUGCCCACCAUCUCUCCAGAAGAAAUAUUCCCAGGGAAACUUACAGGCAAUUACUGGGGGCCUGGAAAACUACUUUAUGAUUCUUGCCAAUAUGGUAAGUCCAACCUUUUCACGUGUGUGCGUUGUGUUUUAUCGACAAAAAAACAUUUUUUCCAUAUUUUUCUAGAAGGGGGGGACAUGAGGAGAGUUAUUUUGAAGUUUGCUUCAAAGUAUGUUAUGGCUUCGCAGCACAGGAUAGAUAAAAUAAUAUUUGGUUUAUUUAUACUUGCAACGAAGCAGGAAGGAGAAUUAAGGUGGCCAGAAUUAGACACUUAAUUUCGACGUCAGCGUAGAAUUCUUACUUUGCGUGUUGCCUAAAUAUACAGCUUGUUUCCUUUCAUCUCAUUCUCAGUGGAGUGUCGCGCAUCUUUCGAUUCACAGAAAAAUUCCUUGUUUCUAUGUGAAUCAUGUAGGUUGCUGGCAUGUUUCAAGAUCCCUCAAUUGGUAAAAUGAAGAUUACUUAUGUCGUCACUAGAAUCCUUAUCAUCGAUCCUGUCCGGGUACGUAUGCUUGUCGGAGCUAGAAAAUGAUACUCUGAUGUUUUAUGUGUAUAAUUGUAAAUUGUGGUUUAUCGUAAAUAAUAAAAUCUCCAAAAGUAGUGGUCUACUGACCCAAAUAACUUCAGGAAAUAUCGAUGAUUUCCCCACAGUUUACGCAUGUUUGGUUCUUAGUGUGAGCAUACUGGGAGAGAGUGUGUUUACGUAGUUUACGUAGUUUUUAGGGGGAAACGGAGAGGGGGGAAUGUAAAUUUUUCCAGAGCCUAAGAGGGGGAUCAGCUAAAUUAUAUUAUGACACAACAAUAAUCCUCCAGCCCCCCAGGUCAUGAAUAGUGAUCAGUCUCUCAGUAUCCAAAAUUUUUUUCUAUUUUCUUUUUUGUCUGUGUUUUCUCUUUUCCUUCAUUUUCACUCCAAUUGGUAUCUAGUAUGGUUUCAAGCAAAGUGACAGCAACAGCAUCAAACUAUCCAGGAUAGCUAGAAAGACGAGGGAAAACAACGCGAUACAGAAAGUUCCAUUUGAUGUCUUCAGUUAUAUUUCAGAGUAAGCAAUAGAUAUUUACUGCUCUUAUGGUCGCUACUCCUUUAGGUCUCAGCAGCAUGUUCUACACCCCCUUCCCCCGUUCCUUCUUCCGUGCGUUCCUCGUUUGAUGUUCUUCCAACAAUGUAGCUUUAUCCAUUAUCCACACCCCAAUUAGAGCAAAGUAACUGAUCAGGAAAAUUUCGAAAAUUUCACUUGACGUGGGACCAGCGUGAUACAGGUUUCUCCACGUCCUUUGAAGAAAAUGUAACCAUAACAACAGACAACAGACCGCAUUAUCCAUUCCAAGAAUUUGAAAAUCACGAGCCGUUACUACGCCGGUAAGCCAAAAACAAAGUGUGGUCGACUGCUUUUAAAAAAUAAACUUAAAACAAGCACGGAAAUUUUCAAUUUUUUAUGGGUUUACUUAUGCAAUAAACGGAAUCAGAGCGCUCGUAGUAUCUCUAUAAUGUCAAAUAGAUUAACUCGACUAUGUUUUAAUAUUUUUCAGCAAAAUCUCCGGUGGAGGUGAGUGUUAUUCUUUUAUCUUGAUACCGUUAUGUGACAUUUAGUAACUGCGGCUAUUUCCGUGCUUCGAGCUUAAAACAAGGUAUAUCAAAAUUUGUUGCUAGGGUAGAUUCCUGAAAAUGUCUCCAGACGAUGGAAUGAGUAACUUUGGUGUGAGGUUGACUCGUUGAAUGAUAAUUAAACAUGGCCUCUGCUGUCACAUGACUUCUGAUCCAUCUGAUCCUGAUGACAAUAGUUGCGGGCGAGUAACUUGUAGUGGUUUGAUAUCCUUUCCAUGGGGCUGCAAGGGGGGAGAGGAGGGUAGGGAAUCUAGCAAUACCCUGGCUCAUUUCGGCUUUCCUGCGUGCAUGGCCAUUGAGAUCUACCGUGUGCCAAGUUUGCGUUAAGUGCGUACAUUCCUGCGAAUUUAGGUUUUUCAAAGGCUAUCUGCAAAAACUGGGGAACACGGAUAUUUUAGAUAAAAGACUAUCACGACAAUAUAAAUUUGGCAAACGUUCUGUCGAACAGAUACGGUGAGAAAGAGAAACGAUCUUAUAGCCUGCAACAGAAUGCGAACAUCAAAAAUGCCAUUUUAGACUGGCAGUGCUUAACUUUUUCGAUCAAAAACUGAUGGAAACUGAAGAGUUCAAUUAUUAUCAAAAUAGCUCAGUGGCGACGCAGUACUCAAAAUGGUUUCUUUGGCUCAACUGAAAUGCGAUAUUUAUCUUUUCAGCCCUCGCCAUUGCCAAUCAGAUUUGUGCAGUACCUACAGGGAAUGUGAAUCAGGAAAUCGGUUUGCCAACAUCAUUGCAUCUCGCCCACGAGACCGGACAUAAGUAUGUUAUUUAAUUAUCAGAUAAAAAAUUCAGUUCUUGCUUGAAAAAUCCUUUCCUUAGAAAAUGCUUCUACUCACAAAACAAGAGAGAGAAAAACCCAACCAAAGAACACAAUAAGAAACCAACUAAAUGGAACAAACACAUAUUGAAAAAAUUUAACAGAAAAGACUAUGUUAAAAUUGCUGUCCAAAACUGGUUAUUGAAUCAAGACAUUCCUGCGGAAAAGCGAUUUUCAUUUGAACUUUGAGAGACGCAAUCCAGUGCUGCGCUUUACGAUCGUUCUUGAGAACUCUCUACCAGUCAGUUGUAGACUUAGACCAAAAACUCCUCGGCUAUUUGGGUUUGACGCUUUCACUCCCAAGAUCUUAUUAGUAAUUCUCUCUACUGUCUGUAAAACAAUUCUUAUGAUGUUGGGUAGGAGAACUUGGUUUUGGAUCAGUAAAUAAUCUCCUAAUCGAUAAAAUUUUUUUUUCCUCGUCAGUCGUCUGCUCGACAUUGUAUUGAUAUUGUAAGGAGAAAUUCCAUCUUGGUCAGCCAAGAGGGUUGAUGGGUUAUGGCAGUUUACACUUAGACGUCUGAGACUUUUUACGUUAAGUUCUCACAGAUUCCUCUUGAUAACUACGUUUGUACUGAAUGGCCAACCUGCCAACUUUGGUUUUAAUUUUACCCCAUUCAAUACUGAACGAAACACUGUAUAAGUGAACAAAAACUUGGUGACCGAAACAGAAUUUGAAAAUCAUUAAUAGAAAAAAAACAUCCAACAACCAUUUAUGCACUCUGUACUUGUACAUUGCGCUUAAAGGCCUAAGGUCUUGUCAAAGAUGAUCUAUGUAGAACGUAGUAACUUUAAAGUCAUUCAUGUAUGCUUUUGUUGCUGUAUAUAAUUUCAGCAUGUACCUCGAUCAUACCAGUGGCGACUGUGCUCUAAAAGCUUAUAUCAUGAAUGCUGCACUACCAGGAGGACCUCAUGCCACAGAGUGGUCAGAAUGCUCCAGGAACGUCAUUCAGCGUUUCUUGGCAGACGAGUGCGUACAUAAAGAAUAAGUCUAUCUGGAAUAAAGAAUAGUCUACAGGGGCUUACCCGGUGGGGAAGGGAGGGGGAAGGACAUCUUAGGUAUCUUCGAACCCCACUCCGCGGGAAAAGUUUUUUGAAUCAUACAAAUCUUACAAUUCAGGUUUGCGAUAGUUUGUGAAUACGAAGAAUGCUACAUCUUGUAUGGUACACAGUACAAGGUGAGAUAACAAGAAGUCGUCGCCGCUGCAUUUCUCUCGCUCCCUUCCAUAACUCUUCCCCGCUGAUCCUCUUCGCUUGUAUCUCCUUUUCUUCUUUUCGUCGCCAUGAUCGGUAAAGUGUGAACUUUUUUGUGUUUUUGUUUUGGUUCUUACAACAACUUACAACUUUCUUUGCGCAGAAAAAAAUCUAAAUGUUUAGAUGAUGGUCCCGUGGGUGAUCACCCCACAAUUCUUCCCAGUUUCCGGGGAAAACUUCCCGGGAAAAUCAUCAGUGGCGAUGAACAGUGCAUAAUGCAUUAUGGGGAAGGCUGGAAACAAUACAAUCCGGUAAUUAGUCGGAAUUUUGCUUCAUUUUACAUUCAGUGUUUUUAUCAGACCUUCAAGAGAGUGUUCUAGGUCAGCACAUCCUUUGAGGCUGAAUUUUAGAGCAUACAGUAAUCACGAAAUGAUUCACUUGUUUAUGCGCUUCACAUACUUAAUUCUGAUGUUCUUCCUUUUCAAGAGAACCAGAGAAUUGGCUCAGAGUUCUUUACCAUACUUCCCAGUUAGUACAUGCGCUGAUUGGUCAAGUUAGCGAGCCGCAUUUCACUAUACGUCUCACUGAUUUCAACCAUUUGUUUGAAUUGAAGGAUAUGAUUAACAUCUUACUGACCUCAUUUUCUUAGUCCGCACAGUAAUGUGCGGAGCCUCGUUUCAUUCUUUAAGUCCCGUGCGCUUCGCACUUGGGCCAUAAAUCAAAACGGAAUAACUUGGUCCGUAAAUUGCAGCACAGACCUCAACCUCGGUUAAUAAGAUGUAUAAAUUUGCCUAAUUUUUUCUGUGGCAGAGGAAGGCCAAGUAAGUCAUAAGCGUGUAUUAUCAGUGUCAAACUUUGACAUAAGAAUUUGAACUCAAUUCAACUUUAUAAAUUCUUGGAUUCAGCCAAUUUUUCCCUCAAAAACUACGCCAAUCAAGCUAAAACUGCAUGUUUCUCAACAAAAGUUAUAGCGAAAACAGAGACAAUGUACAUGUGACAUGUGCUGAAAUGUUAUUGUUAUGUCUUUUUUGAUAAUGAUGUUCUUUUUUCUCAUCUCGUUUUUAUUUCUCCUUUUUUUAGUCCAAUUGUGUUUACUUAUCUUGUAUCAAGGAAGGCACGUUGUUGGGUAGAAAUACGAUUGUUGCAGAUGGAACGGAAUGCGGAUUCCAAAAGGUAAGCAUGCGACAUCAUCGGCUACCUGUGAAAAGGGCCGCCUAUAUUUGCAUAAUCUGAAAUUCAUCUGUAUAAUUUUUUUUCCUACUUCAGUUGUUGAAUUCAAUUAUCACCAAUCUGUGACUCGCUGACGAUGAAACAGCACGUUACAGAUUAAAUAACUCUCUGAAUUGAUGACUUAUUAUUCAGUCGGUUACUUGUUGAUUCGCUUACUAAGUGACUAUCUUAGUAAAUGACUCGCCAACUCGCUGGUUCAAUAAUAUAACUCGUUCACUUGAUUACUAGUUAACUCCUUAAUUUGCCGACUCGCUAACUCACUAAUUCGAUUACUUACUGGCUCAUUUACUAUUUGAAUCUUUGACCCGCUGACUCGCUGACUCGCUGACUCGCUGACUCGCUGACUCGCUGACCCACUGACCCGCUGACCCGCUGACCCGCUGAUCAGGUGACUCUUUUACGUUGGCUACUGAAGGCGUUGACUUAACGACUCACCGAACCGUUUACUUAUUAAUUCCUUAACUCGCUAAUUGAAUGACUUGCUAACUCACUGACUCGUUGACUAGUUAGCUGAUCAAUUGUUUUUUAUUUAACCAGGUGACCUGUUGACUCGUCUAAUUCGUUUAAAAAAAUUGACCCACUAAUUCGCUGACUCGAUGGCCCACUACUUCACUGAUUCGAAGACUUGUCUAUCCUGCGGUUAAUACGCUUGUUCAUUUACUUAUUUUAAUUCAAGUGGUGCAUUAAGGGAAGAUGUGAACAGUCAGGCAUGGUAGAAAAUAUCUCCUGGUCUGAAUGGGGCCCUUACUCUCAGUGUACCCGAGAUUGUGACGGAGGUGUCCAGUACAGAGAGAGGCAUUGCGUAAAUGCUAAGUAAGUCCUUACUUUUCUUGUUAUCCUCUUCUCUGAACAGGGAAAGGUUUUUUUUCCCCGGUAGGAUCUUUUACACGUGUCUUGUAGAAAUUUUUGAUAUUUCAACCUUAGUCAACAGCAAUCCUAGGCUCAAAUCGUAAAUGCCGAUCUUAGGUUAGAGAAUUUGGUAUUGGAUCAACUAAUGAUUCCCUAAUUGAUAUUUUUUUUUAUUCAGUAUUUGUUCUCAUCACUUUUCCAUUUGAUAUUGUAUCGAUAUUGUUAGGGGAAGUUCUGUCUUGGUCGCUCAUGGGAGUUAGAACGAGAAAGGGUUCAGGAAACACUUCAAACCCCUCUUAAAACAUUUGCUUGCCUAAGUUUUUUGUCAUAUGUGUUUGCCAUGAUUGCAUUUUUCCUAUUAUUUUUUCUUCUAAAAUACCUAGCGGUUAAGAUAACUCACGAGCUUAGAGGCCUACGUAACGGAGAGGGAGCUGGUCCCAGUCUCCGAAGCAUGAAGCGACUAGAAGCUUGAAUGUUGUUACUCCCCCCGAAUGGGAUGCGGUGUAUUUAAGGUUACCCCCGCCCAUUCCCCAGCAUUCUCUGGUACCUAUUUAUACUCCUGCGAGUAUAAAGGCACUGUCGAAUGUGUCCCGCCCAAGAAUACGGCACAAUAACCCAGAAGCCAGACAUUUUGAUCCGCAGUUCAGAGGGCUAAUUAACCAUUUGGUUACAGCGCCUCCUUACAAUUACAACAAUACUUCUUCUUUCAUGGAGCUUACCAUUUUUAAUAUCCUAAGGCCUCGUUAUGGAAAAAAUUGUAAAGGCGUCAGGAAAGAAUACAGGCUUUGUAAUCCGCAGGUUAGUACUACGCAUGCAUCGACAAGGCUUUUCAUUGCAAUUUUUUUUCAGUUUUUUAAAAAUAUCCGUCGCACAGUGAGGCGAAAUGAAACUAUUACAAUCAUGGAUUACUUUCAACAAUAAAUUGAGACAUUACUCCAAGCUUGGCUUUUAUUCAAAAGAGUCAGAUGGAUAUUGUUGACUGACAUUUAUUAUACAAACGAAAAAUACAGUGAUUUUACGACGGUUUUGCUGUAUAUUUAACCAUUUGCGGCGAGGUAAAUAUCUACCGCUAGCUACCGAUACAGAGGUGAAUAGUUGUUUCAGCAUAAACUUAAAUAUUUAGAUAAUAAAGCGCAGGCGCUAAUCCCGCGCAGGUUGCUCGGAAGUGAAUAACAAAGGAUAUUCGGAUUUUGAAUAGCCAAUCAGAGCGCGCCUUCAACGCUAUCCCCUAUUUUAGUAUAUGCUAGACACGUCUAUAUCCAUUUUCCCUUCAUCAACCCAUUGUCUUGCUAUGAUCUUGUUAUCUUCAAAUAGGCUUAUCUGAGGUUCCCCUCACAUCUAUGAUACCUUGUCGAUUGAAUCGUAAUUUUCUUGUGAUGCUUUUGGUUUCCAGGAUUGCCCAAGUGAGGAACAAAACUUCAGGAAUAUAUAUGGUCAGCAAGUGUGCAAAGGAAGGAACCCCAAUUACGUCCUUUACAACCUCGCAAGAGACGGUAAGAGACCAUAUCAUUUGAUCGACGACAAAGUGAAGAAAUAACUAAAAUUUCGAGAACCGAGAUCCGAGAUCCGAGAUCCUGGUCUAGUUCCCGGUCAGGAUAGUGCUGGUAUUUCUGCCGAGUUUCUGGUAGCUCCCGUUCGGAAUUGUUCGAGGUCAUGCUAGUAGUUCCAUUGUCCGUUGCCCAUUGCUUAUCAGUUACAAUUUUUUUUGCAUUGUCUUUGCAGCAAAGUUGUUAUUGUUGUCUUGAUCCCGCCCCAAUUUCUUCUGUACAGCAAGAUAAUCGCGUCCAAAUGUUUUGGGUGAAAUAUUGUAUUCACAUCGUUGAAGAAACACGUUAAGGUAGACUAAACGAGCUCACAAACUUCGAACCUAUUUAUUUUAGCAUGUCACAUAUACUGUAGAGAAGGAAAUCUGGUUAGGAGAAUAGGAACCUUCAAAGACGGUAUCAGAUGUACCAACAAUAGAAAGGACCGCAGCGUCUGUGUUCAAGGAAAAUGUAGAGUAAGUUUUGCUACCGUAGCUUACGUGUUUAUCUUGUGCAUAUACCUAUCUGUGAAAUAUAAAAAUAUAUAUCCGGUUUAAUUUCGCCUUGAAGGAGUAUGAAUUAUUUCCAUUAGGCUUGGUAGUAAGUUUUUUUCAUCGGAGAGCCAAUAAAAGUAAAUUAAAAGCCGCAGAGAUUUUGUGACCAAUCCUAUAUAUUUCGACUUGGCAAAGUCUACGGCAAACCGUUUCGUUUCUAUUGCUUCCAUGACAUAUCAUCGCAACUGAUUUAUCAAUGUUAUACAUCACUGCACAAACUCAAACCAAUUCAAUCUGUCCCAGGAAAAAAUAAUUCUCGAGAAUUUUUCACGUCAUAUGAAAAAUUAUGUUGUUGCGACUCAUACCUGCGACUUGUCGCAACGACUCUUCACUUGAUGUUUUCGUUCUUCACGCUUUCAUAAUUUAAAGCAAGUUCCAUCACCUCUUAAAUUCGACGUAUUCAAAACUGAGUUAAUUUUCUCUACUUCAUUACUUUAUGUAUAAGUCGGUUGGUUGUGAUAACGAGUUAGAUGGAAAAACAGCAAUCGACCGUUGCGGUGUUUGCGGAGGAGACGGAGAUACCUGCAGUAAGAUCAAAGCAACCUUCAAAGACUCUCCAGCUGAAGCAGGUAUUAAGGGCUAAGGGACCAGUCGCUAUUUAUUUGCCUGGGCGGUCGGUUUCCCCCCUAUAUUUACUAUAGUUCUGUAUGGUUCUUUUGCUCUAAAGUUAUCAUUACUUGCUAUGUUAAUUGUUCUCUUUGUCUUUCUGACAAUUUUACUUCCUCUUCCUCCUUUUUAAAAUGAGGCUUUUGCUUCAGAAAAAGUUAAUAUCAUUUGCCAUUUGUGGUAGAACGGUAGUUUUAUACGUUUAAUUUCCUCCUUUUUAAACUGAGGCUGUUGCUUCAGAAAAAGUUAAUAUCAUUUGCCAUUUGUGAUAGAACGGUAGUUUUAUACGUUUAAUUUCAAUUAAAUUUCUUUUUAAUUUCUAAUUUAAACAGGCCCCGAGAAUGCGAUAGAGGUAGCAGAACUUCCAGUUGGAACUAGAAAUGCUGGUUUCGUGGUGGUUGCCAACACUUUAAAUUAUUUAGGUCAGUACAGAUAUUUCACCGAAACAAGGGGACUCUAAUGAAAAAUCAGAUAUAAAACAUGGAGAAAUUUCAAUUGAGUGCCAAGAGCAACCAAGGAUGGCUUCGGCUCUUUUAUAUGAUAAAGUAGCAGAAAUAGUACAUUUUACAGUUGUGAGUGGUUGCCAAGCCUUGGAACAGGAGUGAGGCUAAGGUUAACCUUGUUAUGAUAUAAACCUUGCUGUAUUUCAAAUGUCAAUUGCUUUGUUGUUACGCCAACUAGAUACUGGUCUCUAUCACAACAAGGUCAUCCUCAGACUCGUUCCAAAUCAAAGGCUUGGAAACUAAGUAGACAACUGUGAAAUGGUCUAUUCAGUUAUUAGUGGUGACGUCAUCUAUGCGUCUGUCCUCCGAGAGAUUCAGUGAGGAGCCACCAAAAUGCGUGUCGAAUUCAGCUUAUCAUAUAAUUAGAGUUACUUUUGAUUGAUUGUCGUAAACCAAACCAAAGUAAUCACUAGUUGCAAUUUAAAAACAAAGAAAUUGUGACAAGAAACCAUUGAGAUCACAAAGAAAGGUUAGGUUAACUUUAUUUUCACCACAACUGGCAGUAAUGUUGCAAUCUGAUUGGCCAACUGCCAAUUUACCGUUGUCCAUAACAGUACACACAAUGCUUCUGGCGUCAACGUGUCACGCAAUGUUUUUUUUCAGCUCUCAAACAUCGUUCAAACAAUCGUGUAUUUGACAUCGAUAUUAUGAUAAAAACAAAUCGACAUUGAUUCAGCGCGGUCUGUACUCUUAUCGAUAUUCGUCAUCACAGUGGUCAAAAUUUGUUGCGGACUCACUCGGCUGCGCCUCGUGAAGACGAAUCUCGUUGUCGAUAAAAGAUCACCGGCGCUAAACUACUUUUAAUGAGCCAGCGUAGCCCAUUCAGCAACAUGGCUAUUCUCUGUAGGAGCCCUGGUGAUAGAAAUUACAAUCGUGAAAAAAAAAAAAAAUUGAUUAAAAAUUGCAAAAUAAAUCACGCUAUUCUGAAUUUAAAAAUGGAGUAUUUUCUUAAAAAGAAGAAAGAAAUUCUGCUCUUUGAUCUUUGGUAAGUAGUGUGUCAAAAGGAACGAGCAAUCUGCCUGAAACGCGGGAAAACAAAAGUGAAUACGUCGUGAUUAGUUUUGGUUGUAUAUUGGAUUGAUUGGGUAGGGGAUUGUAGUGAAGCAAGACCAGAGUAACUUUGACACUUGAUGGAGAAUUGCUUCAGUUGCAUUGCAAAAUGUGCAAUUUUGGUUACUUUAUUUAUUUCCUUUUCUUUGUAGGUGUAAUUGACGCUCAAGGCAAAUUCAUAGUUGGGGGACAUCUGGGCGGAAAUCAAGAAAAACCUGCCGCUGGCACAGUGAUAAAGUAUACCCAUAGAAAUAGGCCGGCAGCAAGAGACGUAGUUACUAUAGUUGGCCCUACGAACGCUUCGCUGAGAGUAAUGGUAAGUAAGGAAAAGGCUGCCGCAUGAUUGCUUUUGAAGAGGAACAAAUAAAAUUCAGAAAAUCAAUUAUUGUUAGCAAUCGCCCAUUUUGACAUACUGAAUCAAUUAUGUCAUCGUCCAACAUAACUGUGUUUCAUCUAUCUUUCUUUCAGUGAUUGAUCGUGAUCUAAUUAAACCAAAAAUUAUUUGUUAACGAAAGUUAUUUUUUCCCUUUUUAAAGUACAUAAAGAGAUCACCAAAAACUGGAGACAACCCUGGCGUGAUGUAUCAAUACCUCAUUCAAGGCUCGUCCUCAAGCUCUUCACUCGGCUACAAAUGGGUGGUUGGGGAAUGGUCUACUUGUUCAAGGACUUGCGCUGUCGGUAAGGCGUAAAAUGUAUUUUAAUAGCCGCCAAUCUAAAUGUAAAUUAAUAUCUAGAGGUGAAAUUCUAUUCCAGACAUUCUAUGGUCCAAAACUAAAUUUUUUUCAAUAAAUCACACAGAACCUACGAUUUUUCUAUUCGCUCAAAACGUUAGUUUUAAAAACUCUUUAUGGUGGCUAAGUUACAUUAUUUAAAAACCAAAUCAUCCUGUUAUACCCCCAACUGAAGCAGCACCAAGAUUUCUUUUGAAACGUCCCCACUUCUCAUUACAAAAAAAAAAAUCUUCGAAUGAGAGGGAAGAGCUCCAGGUUUUAUAGAUUCUUCUUUCUUACAGGUACAAGAACACGUGAUGUUCGUUGUAUUAGGAUAGAUGACGAAAGUCCUGCCAGUAACUCUGCUUGCCCUGGAGAAAUGCCAGCAGUCGAAGACUGCAACACGCAGCCUUGUGCAGCAAAGUGAGUUGUACCGAUUUAAGUCUCAUUUCCUUAGGGACGCGUUUUACGCAGGCGACAAGUUUUAGCAUCAUCGCCGGUUUUCGUGACCGAUCUCUUGAGUCCAAGAUUGCUGGAGUUAGACAACGCAUUGCAUCGUAGCAGUGGUCGGGUUUGACCGACCUCACUCGUAAGUUUUAACAAGCAGAUCUUUCUCGAACUUUUUCACAUGCAGUUCUACUCAGUUAGGGAAUACUUUUUAUAAAUGUAUUGCCAAAGCCAACCUGUUCUUACCAGCAGCAAACGCCCUACAGAACUUAGAAGUUUAUCUGUUUAUAACGGAUUACAUUGUGGUGUCGUUAAACCAAACUAAAGUAAUCGCAAAUGGAGAAAAAAGCGUGGGGAAAAAAUGCAAAUAUGAAAGCGCUUCAUAAGUGUCGUGGAGACCGUGUUUCCAAAGACAUUAACGGUAACUUUAUUUCGAUGUUUCAGAUGGACUCAAGAAUGGACCUCUUGUUCGAAAACAUGUGGAAACGGACAUCAACAACGUCAACUAAAAUGCCUGCACGAAGUAGCCUUGGACGACUUCAGAGAAACUGAUUUAUGCUCAGAACCGAAACCCGUUAACGUUGGACCAGCUCUGCUGGCCUGCAAUAGAUACCCUUGUCCGGCUGCAUGGAAUGUUGGGCCCUGGUCUGCGGUUAGUUGAAUUGUAUAUUAAGUUAAACCCUAAUCAGACAAUAUAAACCUCUAUGAAAAUAAAGAUUGUAACUUUUGCACUCGGUCGACGAAUAAAAAAAAAGAUGCCCUUCACAUGUUACGAGCAUAGGGGAAGAAAGGAAAGAGGUAACCACUCGGAUUUCAACCUCGGUAACAUCAUCAAGGAAAUUUGAAUAUAUUUAUAUGAGGAGCUUUUUGAUAUUGAGAAGGUCCUCCAUACCCUAGAAAAGCUUGAGGACCCUGAAUUUGAAAUAUUUAAAUUCUAUGUGGAAAAGGAAGGCCCUCAUGCUGUUUUUUUUAAUACUGUUUAAAGUGAGCAGGCAGUUCUUUGCAAACAUCUCAUAGCUGGUUCGAUGUAUUUCAGACGAAUGAGCUUUAGUGAGUGUCCCAGGAAUAUCAAGCUAGUAUCUACGAAUCUAAAAUCCCAGAAUCCGACUGAGGACCACUAUUUGGUAUUUCCCUUUCGCUUUUGAGAAGCCUCACGCUAGCAUCACCCUGAAUAUUCAAUCUUUUAGCGUAAGAGAACUAUCUAAAUUCUUUCCAGUUUCUCAAGCAAAAAGGGCAAGAUUGAAAUCAGAAUUGGUGAUUCCCAUGGCAUAGUUUACAAGGCCUUAUUAGUAGUACAAAAUUAUAACGUAUUUUCCCGGCAAAAUGGUGAUUGUAUUGAUGGAGGUACUGUUUAUCAAGCUAGCCCAUAGAGUAAAAGUUUGAUUUUUCAUGUUUCCUGAACUGCAGUGCCCCACAAAGUGUGCAGUUGGAAUGAUCCGUCGUGAGGUUUCAUGCUCAAGAAUCGACGAAUCCGGAAACUUAACCAUCAUUGAUCCAGAGUUUUGCCGAUAUAUGAACAAGCCUCUUUCUGAAAUGAAAUGUAACGAGAAUAAACCUUGUGGAUGUAAGUCACUUUAUUUUGUACUCGUAUCUAGAAGAAGAAAAGAAAAUUAUUUCAGAGGUAUCAAAAUAAUGUCCGCUUAUAUUUCUUGGUUCAGCGAGACCACCCACCUGCCCUCCCAUUGGACAUAACUGCUCGAAUGGAGGAAGCUGUCAACCGGAUCCAUCAGGUUACAAGUGCGUUUGUGACAAGGGAUUUACUGGCGUCGAGUGCGAAAGUAAGUGUGCAUGAGCCAAGUGGCCUGCACUGUUGGAGUUUGUCCAGGCUUUUAAAGUAUGAAAUAACUAGAACGAUGAAUAGAUGGUAAGCUUUGGGCACGGUAAAGAAAUAUAAAAAAGAUGUUUUCCGUCUUGUCAUGAGCGUGGGCCAAAGAAGAAAAUUCUGAGUCAACAUAAGGAAUCGAACCUCAAACCUUCGUAUUCCGCACUCCGAUGCUCUACUACUGAGCCACAGAGACUCUAUGGUGAGUAAGGCCCAUUACGAAGUUCAUGUGACACGCAUCUUGCAUACAGACAAGACGAAGCAUCUUUCUAUCACUGGAAAUGUUGUGGGAAACCAAACCAUCAAAGGACUCCUCCUCAUUAUUCUGACAGAGCUCCUUCACCGUACCGAUGGCGCCCAUGAAUACACUUAAAGUAGAUAUAAAGAGGCACGUGAUGUCGUCGAACUGCAUCAGUCAGCACUCCUACCCGAGCCCCAAAGUUUUGAUCCUACAGCUUUCGAUUUACGAAUUUCCAUCUCAAAUUACUGAACCAUUAAAUUUCUCCUUUAUUAUGUCUUUUUUUUAUUAAUCAAUAGUAAAAUUAAACCCAUGCGACAAGAAACCGUGUUUAAAUGGUGGUGAGUGCUCAGCGGGGAUCGUUCAUCAUUACAAUCACACCUGCAAGUGUCCCCCUCUCUUUACAGGAAGGAACUGCGAAAGUAAGUUCAUUGUAUUUUCGCUUUCAUGUGAAAAUAAAUAAAGUAGCCUGCAUUUGGCGGUUUAAAAAUGUGCUCCUACAUUUUUCCAUUACAUUAAUUGACAUUAAUUGUUGCCAGAAGUUCAUAAAAAUAACACAAAGCAGUUUUAACCCUUAUAGGUAGUGAUUGUUGGAUCUUCCUACACGCGCUUUACUGUGUAAAUAUAGUUUUGCGAAAUGGUUUUACGAAGAUACAUCGAUCGCGAGUAAAAAUUGUAGUACUCUACCACUGUAAAAAUAAGGUGUUUCGUCCAGCUAAGAUUGAGCAGUUGAAAUAUUCCGGUCUUUAUCUCUCCCAUUAACAUUCUACUUCCGUUCAUUCAUAUUCCUUGAUAACAAAUAAUUCAAUUUAAUAUUCUCUCCGCUUUCUAUCGAUGUUUAUUCAAUGACAAAUUAAAAUUACGUGAAAAUUACUCAAACAAAUACCAAAAUUUAAGCAUACUGUUUUAACAUUGUUCACAUUACUUAAAAAAUCAGAUACAUAGUCGUUCUAGGAGCCUUAUCUGAAGAUUUCUCGAAGUUUAGUCGAAUUAUUUACUCUUUCAAAAGUGUCUGUUUGUCUUUCAAGUAUUAAUGUUUAUAUUGAUGUAUCCACCUUUCACUUCAGCUAAAAUAACAGCUUGCAUGAGCAAUCCUUGUUUAAACGGAGCCACUUGUGACGAUAAAGGUCUCUCAGACGAAUAUACUUGUACGUGCCCUCAAGGCCUUACGGGUCAGCGUUGUCAAGGUAACAUUGCAUGGACUUUUGAAGCAUUUGAAGUGCUCUUUAAUUUUCAAAGCUCUUUUUAUGAAAGUGUAAUUUGACCAAAACCAUUUGUGGUAUAAUUAAUUCCACAAAUGCUACUUUAAGGGAAGUGUUAAUGUGGAGAGUUUGAAUAAUUAAUGAAAAACUCACAGUUUGUUAGUUCCAGGUUCGAGCCUAAUGAAUUCUCACGAUUAUUUUUUGAACACAAUUUUUUUGUCACAAUGCAUUUCACCAUUGCUUUAAUUUGUUACAGUUUCAGCGUUUUAUCGCAUCGGAUGUUUUAAUCACAAAGGAAAUGUGAUACCCAAACUGGUAGACCUGAGAAAAGAGGUGAAUCUCAAAGAUACUCAACCCACGAUUAUGAAAUGUGCAGAGCUAGCCCAAGAGAAUGGUUAUAAGUACUUUUCUGUCGGACUGAACGGAAUUUGCUUCUCUGGUCCAAAAGCUGGUGAAAGCUAUUUUACAAAAGGUGCUGCUCCUAACAAGAAAUGCGCUAAAGGCAUUGGCUCAAAAGCCUCUUCUGUCGUUUUUACGUUUGGUAAGUAAAUUCACUUGUGGCUGCGUCUCGUGUGCCACCUUUUAAAUUGUUCUUGCAAUAUUUUGAAGUCAACUUGCCGUUAUAUGGAGUGUGUAAGUCGUGUUGUGUAAACAAUUUUUUAUAGCCAUUCCUCUUUUUUUAGCUUUUUCAAUGUUCAUUAGAAAACACAGGAGUGACGAGACGUUGGGUCUAUGAAUUGUGACUUCUUCGGUUACAUUCUUUUAAUUUGUAAACCAGGUAGCAUCAAACCAUGUCUGAUUGUCCACCUGGUUACCAUGUGAACUUUAAUAUACGAUAAUAGUUAUAUAAUUUUCACGCACUUUCCUCGUCAAAACACUUUUUCUUUGGCAUCUAGAGUCUGUUCCAUCUUACAAGUCUCUCGGUUGCUACGUUGCCUCGGCUAAGAAGAGACCAAAACCUUUGCGAAUUAGAUACAUCAACUUCCGCAAUCAAAAGAACAAACAGAACGGAGUGACUAUUGAUCAGUGCGCCCGCGUAGCAAAGGCCAAGGGUUACGCAUAUUUCGCUGUGCAGAACACGGCAGAAUGUUGGUCUGAUGUGAAUGCUAGGGACACCUACGAUGACCUUGGUCCUUCUCAAAAAUGCAAGGGAGGAAUAGGGUUGAAAGGAGCGAACAUGGUGUAUCAGUUCAAUGGUGAGAAUUGCAUUUCAGUCGAACCUGUGUAA